CUUCAUUUCAUUACAGGAAAUAGAAGCGUUUGUUUUGUUUAUGCUGGAGAGAGAGCUGCAGUCUUUGCUGAUUUUAAAGCAUUAAUUUGUAUAACCUGCUGUUUAUGUAUUUAGUUUGGGUAAAACUGCUUCUUAAGUAUUUAUAUAUUUUCAAAAAAGUAAUUCUGAAACACAGGGUCUUUUACUGAGAAAACGAGCGAGCUUUAAUUUCUAUCAGAACUCUGCAGGAUUCUGAAUCACAAAAGUUACUCCUUGCAAAGUAAGACCAGUUUAAAACUGAAACCAGUGAAGAUGGAGGUCAGUGUCUCCGUGUCGUUCUUUCAAGACGAGCUCGCCUCUACCAUCGAGCACGCAGUGAAAGCGGCUGUAGACACCGUCUUGUGCCAAAUCACAAAAGUUGUCGGCGGCAAAUUCACUGAAUUCCGAAUGGAAAUGGCUGGAAAGGAGAAAGAGAAUGAAAGUCUGAAGCUGAGAUUGGAAAUAUCAGAGAGCGAGUUGAAAGCAGUGCGGGAAUGCAUGAACGCUGCAGAUGCAGACAUUAAACAACCUCUCAGAAACAUGAACCCCGACUGCAAUGAACAAGACUUUCAGAGGAGCGAGAACCAGGGGUUAUUUCAAGAUCCCAAAGAGAGCUGUGCUACACCUGAAUCUCAAGCGCAGGAGGGUCCAAGGAUAGAAGCAGUUUACACACAAGAGGAGUCCUUUGAUCAGGAGUGGUGUGCAAGUCUAAAGCAGGUUACAGGGCUGACAUGUGUUAAAGAUGAAGAGGUCCCUCGACUGGAAUGUGUUCCUAUUAAAGAAGAAUUCAUAGAACAGGAAUGUGUCCCCAUCGCAGAGGAAGUUCCUACUGAAAAUAAUGUCUGUACACUUGAGGAGAACAACCAGCUGGGAUCCAGCCUGUGUGAUGAUUGUCCACCUGAAUGUGAACUGGGAUUUAGAGCUGCUAAAGGGAAUCACACAGGAGGGACUACGUUUCCCUGUGCUGACUGUGGGAAGACUUGCAGCUUUUUAUCACAGCUGAAAAGACACCAGCUUAUUCACACAGGAGAGAAACCGUAUCACUGCAGUGAGUGUGGGAGGAGUUUCACGCAGUUACAAAAUCUUAAACAACACCAGCGCGUUCACACAGGAGAGAAACCUUAUCACUGCACUGAGUGUCGGAAGAGUUUCACGCUGUUACAAAACCUUAAAACACACAUGCGGAUUCACACAGGAGAGAAACCUUAUCACUGCUCUGAGUGUGGGAAGAGAUUCACGUAUUUAAGUUCGUUGAAAAUCCACCAGCAGACUCACAGAAAAGAGAAAUCUUAUCAAUGUAGCGAAUGUCUGAAGAGUUUCCGUCACUUAACAAACCUUAGAAGACACCAAAAAAUUCACACUAGAGUUCUGUCAGUUACUGGGUCUUGAAGAACACAAGAGAAUUCACAGAAUUUCAGUGACUUGAGGCGACCUGAACACCAAAAGUACAUUUGACUAAAAUACAGAAAUAUUUACUGAAAACAAAGGAAUAAACUUGAUAAAUAGUGUUACUCCUAAUCACUUCAGAUCAAAAACUCACACUGACCGAUGGAACAUAUGAACUAAUACAUCUUGUUUGGAUCGUUCAUCAUCUUGUAGACUAUUCGGAUUUUGUUAUGUCGCAUUAAUAAGAUUGUAAUUGUGUCUGCAAGAUUCUACUUUUGUCUCAUGCACUGCUGAGCCUCUUAGUUUGAAAAUUAGGAUUAUUAUAAAUCCCCAUUAGUCUCCAGCUCUUUCAAGUCAAUGCUAAGCUUUGACCAAUCCUUAAUUUCAUACCUCAAAUAUAGUUGUGUUUUUGACAACCUCUGAAUGCAAUGUAACACCCCGAUAUACAGUUUUACAAUGAAAAUUGAACAACUGAGUUUAAUCUGUAACCUGAGAUUGAAUGUCACCCUUUUAGAAUUUUAAUUUAAAUAAUUUAAUUUAGUUUUAAGGGUUUUAUUUUAGAUCACAGCUAGUGGACACACAAAGGGACACUGUCUUAAAGUGUACAACUCGCUGGACAAAUCGUCUUCACAGUCUGCUUUACAAAAACCAUUUUAAAGAAAAACUUCAAAAUCUGAAAUAUUCCCUUCUUAUGUUGAGCUUUCCUGGUAUGAAAUGAAUCCAAAAUAAACAGCAAAGGCUGUGCUGCACUGUAGCUGUUCUGAGGAUGUGUUGCCUGUUCCCUUCAUGCUUUCUCAUUAAAAUGCUUCAAGAGAAACUAAAAAAUAACCAGAUUAAUAAAUAUAACAAGGCUCUGAAAUGAGUGUGGUGUUGAAAUAUAUUUCUAGAUUUAUAGUUAUGGGGUAAUGGGGAUUCUCCAGGUGUAACUGUUUGCCAGUCCAUGUUGGAGCCUGGCAGGUUCCAUAUGCGUGCUUCUGUUUGUCUUGUUGAUCUACAAUCAGUGCGAUUUGAUGGGGGAGGUGACAGAGAACGAAUGAAUCCUAGUUGACAAUCUCCCUCCCGACCUGUGGGGGCGCUGUGUAACAGGAACAGAGCGCCUCGUACUAGAUGGUUUGACAAUUCAUUCCAGGGUCAGUCGGAAGCCAGCCAUCCAGGAAUGGGGCGGAGUCACAAUGCCUGAAGUCAUCGCCCUAAAGCGAUACGCGAUGUGUCAGUCAUGGAUUGGAGGAGACGUGACUGGACUAGCUAUCGCAGGGGGGCGUGACUCGGGGUAUAACUGGGGAUGUGACGAUGUAACCUGUUCCUUUGAUGUGGUUAUGAGAAUGACCGAGAAAGGAAACGGACUGCGAAAAGUGUAUCGUGAGAGUUAAGUGUUUUGUUUGUUUGUGGAAACUAACUGUCUGUGUUUGUCACUGUUAGACGGCUAACACGAACCGGGAGCUGUCGCUACAGGCCAGCAUGGAGCCCGGACUACACUGCACGACUGUCACUGUAAUUGCCUUGCACCGCACCUAAACUCGAAGCGAUCGUGUCUGUGUUGUGUGUUGUUCUUUGUAUUAUUAUUAUUUCACUGAACCCCGUGGUUUAUACGCUGGCAAUACACAUUGUUGUGUAGAGCCAGCAUUGCUAUUUAAGAGUCUCAAGCACAAAAGAAAGAAAAUA